CCUCGUCCCCUUCAGCUCCGUCUCUCCAUCCGCGAGGGGGGAUUCGAUGCCCUCGUCCCCUCUUCCUCGAUUCCGUGCUCACUAACCGCUGUACUACAACCGACGUCUCAGAUGGAGCCGCUGGGAUUUCAUCACUUAAACCAACCAACCCACCCAAUCAUGCACGCACCGAAGCUGAGAGGAGAAUGUCUUGACAUAUCUCAUGUCAUCAUCGCAAAUCUUGCAGCCCCCUUUCGGUAUUCGAUUCCGGUCUUAGCAGCCAGGCCAUCGACGUGAAUCCGUCCAUGAUCAUCGGGCAUCGGUCAAUCUGCUUUUGCACUUUCGGUUUGGCGUUCGUUGUCGUUCAUGAGGCCUCCCUCCCGACUUGCUACACGUUUGCUAGACUAGGCAGGAGUUUCUCUCGUCAUGGCGCAACUUCUUCUACCGUGGGUCACCUUUUGCUUAGUAUUAUCAAGCUUUCUAUGAUGACGCCGAAUGAGGCAUGAACUCAGCGAAACGAGUCUUCUCUUACUUUGGGAAUCAUAGAAAUCUUCAACAGAAGAUCCACGGAUUUUUACAGUCACUAGUUUCGGCACAAAGGAAGGGAGUGGCGUUCCUAUGUAGAAUGGUGCUCGCCCCUUGCCAAGCAAAGAAAGUGCUUCGCAUACGCGGUGGCUACAUUCAUUGCUCAGCUUACGCUGCCACGGACAUGCACAUCGCACUUUGAUCGCAGGGAACAAAAGGAGUCGAAGACGGCUGGCCAGCUACGGACGGACUCGACUGACCGAAUGCUCAGGCAUAUUCCUGGAGCAGGGAUAUUUCAGGUGGGCAUUAUUUCACGUGCUUGAGCCCCACUUAUAAGCCGUCAUCCGCUGGUCGGUCUGGUCCUUAGGCGAUGAAGGCUCGGAUCAGACCACCAUCCGUCGCUCCGUGGCCGUGCCAUUCCUUUGCGCCGAAGUUAUACGACAACCACCGGGCAUCCCCAUGGGAUGUCCUCCUGGCCAGCGCUCUCCUCUGGCAUGACUCCUUGCGCAAGCUCUCUCUAGCAGCGACUAUGUGUCACCGCGUACUCGCUCGCUUGAGGCUCAAUUAACAAGGAUCCACGCUUUUUGUUUGAAUUUCGUGGUUCCCGAACGCCAGCGACUCAGGAUUGGUGUCUGUUUCUGAUUCCUUUGGCUUUUUCGUUUGGUUCGAAGGAGGAAAUUCUUGUGCUACAGCUUAUUGACUCCAUCCGACAUGAUUCCACAUUUGUUAAGUAGUUCUUU